GUUUCCUGGGUCUGAAAUAAAGCUAAACCCCAUGCACUCGGCAACCGUCACCCCCUGUUCUUUGCGCCGCCCCCGCCGGGAUAGAACGAAGGUAUCUCGUCAGAGGCCAACACUAACAGGAGUGCACAUCUCCAGCACAUAUGAUGCACUGUCUGUUCUGAAUGGCGUUCGGCUCGGUCUGUUGCAGCCUGUGGAGCGCCGCUUAGAUCCAGAAGAACGUGAAGAGAUUCAAUCUGGUUGUGUUUAUGUCUAUGAAGAGAGCCAUGGCUCUAAGUCCCGGCAGGGUAUCGAGCGAUGGACAGACGGGAAGCGAUGGUCCGCAAGUCGGUCAAAGGAAAACUUCUUGUUUUAUGAAGAGAACAGCACGGGGAGCGAGGAUCCCGAUGGGCCUGAGCCCACGGCUUCACCUGGUUCCGAUGAUCCGAAUGUCGCCUUGAUCGAUUACAUGACAUCGUCCGAUGCCCCUGGCCGUCUUACCAAGAUGACUUUCUCCUCGUGGGUGAAGCUUCCGAACGAUCAGGCGGACCAAAAGCGCAAGUGGUUACUCGUCUGCUAUUGGCAGAAGCCGCACGUCAAGACUCUGCCGAAAGCGUAUGAAUUGGAGAUUCUCCUCGACCAGGACAUCCCCAGGGGCAUGUUCUUUUCGUCCCGGGCGGGGAAGAACAAGCAGCAAGGGCUCCCUGCAGCGGGUACAGCAUACGAUGCUGUCCUGCGCCGGCCGGCGGACCUCGACGCCUUGCGCUGGCGCAAGGUACAGUACUACGCCUCCGGAAACCGCUCACCUCUGCCUGUGGGACCUGGUACACGGCCAGAAGAUGUUCCGGAACAGUACGCGGGGCGCGGAGCAUGGGCACCCCUGGACCACGUUCCACAGGGGCCUAGUGUAACCGACGCGCGGUUCCGAUAUCAUGAUCAGCACCAACGGACGUUCCCCCACCACCGCACGAGGCGAGAUGAACUCGAAGACAUCCCGAUUACGGAGCGACCGCCACAUUGGCGCCCGAAUGCCACGGGAGGGACAGCCCCCGCAACAAGCGAAUCCUCGACCAGCUCGAGCUCCACAGCAAGCCCGCCUAGCCCGGGCAGCGCUGUAUAUCAAAGCAAGGGCUGGGAGGGAGAUACCAGUCCACAUGUGGAGGAAACGAAUUCGCGCUACCCCCUUGGCCCGUCCUGCACCCCUGCAUCAUCGAUGAUCACGUCCUGGCCGCCCGUGGGUGCAGCUCGGCCCAUGCAUGCCAUCUCGUCGGUACGGGAACAGCCCCCUGUUCCACGGGGGGGUCCAUCCCCACCGGUGACUUUGCCCCCAAUGGUGCCUCCGAUGCCAGGAACGGACGGCCCUCCGGGACCGUUCUCGUGUCACACCGUCUCGACUGCUACUCGGCGGCUCCAUGUGCCGUGUCAUGCGUUGCCACGCGUCAGUCCAGACUACUACUAUUGUUGCUCUCGCGGUUCCGCACCUCCCACACCCCCAUAUGGAUCACGUACCAAGCAGACACCAGGGCGGAGCAUCCUGGAACUAGCUUUGGCGCCCAGCCCCUGCCCGGCAGAGCGUAUAUUACCUCCCGUCUCUCUGUCGCUGGAUGGUUGGCGGGGUGACUAUGAUGGGAGUCUCAUUUCGCGCUGGGACCGGACGAUUGGGGCGCCUGAAUGGGGCCCAGGAGCGCCACGGUAUGCUGGAAGACUCAAACUUUGA